AUGUUUAAUGAGAGAGAGAAGACAGGGACUACUAUUAUUGCAAUAAAGUAUGACGGAGGUGUACUAAUCGGAGCAGACUCGAGAACGUCGAUGGGAACGUAUAUUCCAAGCCGGGUGACCGACAAGCUUACACAAAUUACAAACAAGAUAUUUGUUUGCAGGUCAGGAAGCUCAGCAGACACCCAGAUGAUUUCCGAAUACUUGAAGAUGUAUCUUAAUAUGUACUCACGCCUUGAGAGCUCUGUUCCUUCAGUUCAUAGAGCAGCAACUUUAGCCAGCAAGAUCAUAUACGAAAACCCAACCCUUCUGGCAGGUCUUAUAGUUGCUGGAUAUGAUGACAAGCCGAGGGUAUUCAACAUAUCUCUUGGGGGAUCGCUUAUGGAAUGCGACUGGGCGAUCGGAGGGUCUGGAUCUGCAUUUAUAUACGGCUAUUGUGAUAUGAAUUGGAGAAGCGGAAUGAGCCUUGAAGAAGGAAUUAAAUUUAUCAAGGAUGCUGUUUCCUCUGCAAUAAGAAGAGACAAUGCCUCUGGAGGGUGCAUAAGGAUGUCUGCAAUCUCUAGAGACGGCGUCCAAAGAUACUUCUAUCCGGGAGACAAGGUACUUCAGUAA